UAAUAACAUUGCAUCAUGGCGGCGAAACUAUGGAAUCAAAGUCUGCGAUGUUUUCGCGGCGUUCAGUUCACGAGAUUAAGCUGUAUUGGCAAUCAAAGUAUAUGCAGGCGUUCUUACCAUAUUGAUGAUACUUUGACCGGGAUUUCAGACGAACAACGCCAGGUUUGAGCCAGAUUCUCCUCAUACAAAUACUACAUCCAAUCUAGCCAAAAUAUAAACACGUCUUUAUAAUUACACCUUUGUUUACGAAAUAUUUCAUUAUAAAUUCAGCUUGAAUGUAUAAUUUUGUAUGGUAAAUAAGUAUUGCGUUAAAAAGUUUAUCGAUUUUGUUGUAUGGUAUUAUUUUCAUGAUGUUUAGAUAUUAAUACCGGUAUAUUGAAAAAUUUCUUAGACCGGGCUAGGAAUCGAACCCACUCUGGUGAUUGAUACUCUAGUAUUCGCUGGAUUCCCAAAAAUUUGUGGGUUCAAUUCCUGCUUCGGUUAACAACUAACAAGCCCAUAACAAAUUUUUCUUCCAGUUGAGAGACAGUGUUCACAACUUUUUUGGAAAGGAACUUGCUCCUUUUGCUGAUCAAAUUGACAAAGAAAAUGGGUUUCCACAAAUGAGGGUAAAAAGUCUCUACAUAUCCAUACAAAUGACUGCCGGCUGUCUCCCUCAAGUGAUAAACCACCCCUGAAGAGGAUGUUCAUCAGUCCAAUGUGAGAAAAAUGCUUCCAGAUUGACUCCACCAAACAUCAAAAAGAGAUUAUCCUUCCUGGACCUCUAGGGAGAACAGUUUAGAACUGAUAGAGCUAUUCCACUAAGUAUAAAUAAAGUUAGUUUAGUUUAGAUUUCCUCCUGUAGUAACACUGGAUCAAUAAGAGAUGAUUCUUACUGGACCUCUGGGAAGAACAGUUUAGAACUGAUAGAGCUAUGCAGUAUAUAUAAAGUUAGUUUAGUUUAGGUUUCCUCCUGUAGUAACACUGGAUCAAUAAGAGAUGAUCCUUACUGGACCUCUAGAGAACAGUUUAGAACUGAUAGAACUAUCCAGUAUAAAUAAAGUGUAGUUUAGGUUUCCUCCUGUAGUAGCACUGGAUCAAUAAGAGAUGAUGCUUUAGUUACUGGAUCUGUUAGUAGGGAGAACAGUUUAGUACUGAUAGAGCAUCCUAUAAAUGAUCCUUACUGGACCUCCAAGAAGAACAGUUUAGAACUGAUAGAGCUAUCCAGUAUAAAUAAAGUUAGACUAAGUUUAGUUUAGUUGUCCUCCUGUAGUAACACUGGUUCAAUAAGAUAAGAGAUGAUCCUUACUGGACCUCUAGAGAACAAUAUUUACAACUGAUAGACCCAUCCAGUAUAAAUAAAGAUGGUCAACUCAUGACACUGACAUGUUUUUAUUGCCAGGAAUUUUGGAAAAAGCUUGGAGAUUUAGGUCUUCUGGGUGUAACAGCACCAGGUAAAUAAAAACUUGCAGAAAACCUCCACUGAAUAUCACAGUUAUGAACUUGUAUCUUCAUCAAUAAUUCUCCACAUGUAGGGGAGUAUGGUGGCUCAGGAAUGGGCUAUCUGGAUCAUUGCCUGGUCAUGGAAGAAAUGUCACGUGUCUCAGCUUCAAUAGCUCUGAGUUACGGCGCUCAUUCAAACCUAUGUAUUAAUCAAAUAUGCCGGAAUGGCGACGAACGACAAAAACAACAAUAUCUUCCUAAGGUCGGUCAACUAUUCUCAACCUGGGAUUCAGCCUGACUUGUAAACUACAGGAAUUAUCGUUUCUUUGCCCAAAUUCCUCCACACAGUCUCUGGUAGUGCAUGCGAAGUACUAGACUGAUGGUUGCCAUUCUUCUUGUAGCUUUGUUCUGGGGAACAUAUCGGAGCUCUCGCCAUGAGCGAGGCAAAUUCUGGAUCUGAUGUUGUAUCUAUGAAGUUACGAGCUGUAAAGAAAGGUUUUGUAGCGCGUUUCGAAAAGAAUAUAAUAUAAUAGCAUGAGCAGCCAUACAUGAGAUUUGGUGAGAAAAAUGGACUUAAACUUUACGUAAGGCAGUAGGAUUUUGUAUCAGGUAUACAAACUGCUUGACGGUCUUUGUUUCCAUAAAUUUUUAGAUAUAUCUGUCGUUGCAGCCAGGAAAGCUUUACUUAUAAACUCAUUGAUGUUAUAAAACAUUUAUUAUUAUUAUCAGCUUUCUACACCAUAUACACAAUUAAAAUAAGACUAAAAAGGCGAUUUCAAACAAGUUUCGUCCUUCGGAACUUUUCAACAAAUCGCCAUAUUGUAAAUAGAUAAUAUGGCGAUUUGUUGAAAACGUCCGAAGGACGAAACUUGUUUGACAUCGCCUUUUAGUCUUAUUUUAAUUGUAUAUAUGGUGUAGAAAGCUGAUAAUAAUGUUUUAUAACAUCAAUGAGUUUCCAUAAAUUAUCACUGAGAAUUACAGCCAGCCUUAUCAAAAGAAAUAACGUAUUUUCAGAUGAUCAUUAUGUCUUAAAUGGUACGAAGAUGUGGAUCACAAAUGGUCCAGAAGCUGAUGUUUUAUUGGUCUACGCGAAGACUGAAAACACGGGCAAACCUCAACAUGGCAUCAGCUGUUUCAUUGUGGAAAAGAAUUUCCCUGGGUUUUCAACCGGACUCAAACUAGACAAGUUGGGCAUGCGUGGUUCAAGCACAGCGGAACUCAUAUUUGAAGAUUGCAUUGUACCAGGUGUGUAGGUUUGUCACAGGGCGCUAGGUGCUGAUCAAAUGCUUCAAUCAUGUAUUUUAUUUGCAGCUGAAAAUCUUCUGGGAGGCUAUAACAAGGGUGUCUAUGUUUUAAUGAGUGGAUUGGAUCUUGAACGAAUGCUCUUGGCUGCGGGGCCAGUAGGGUAAGUGCCUUUGGAACAACUAAUUGCUUUUGGAACUUACUUUUGGAACAACUAAUUGCUUUUGGAACUUACUUUUGGAACAACUAAUUGCUUUUGGAACUUACUUUUGGAACAACUAAUUGCUUUUGGAACUUACUUUUGGAACAACUAAUUGCCUUUGGAACUUACUUUUGGAACAACUAAUUGCUUUUGGAACUUACUUUUGGAACAACUAAUUGCUUUUGGAACAACUAAUUACACUAUACUACCUUCCAUGGUAAUUGUUUCCAUCAAAGAUUAUUUUUAUUUCUCAGAUUAAUGCAAGCAGCUAUUGAUAUAACGUUCCCGUAUCUUCACGCCAGAGAAGCAUUUGACGAAAAAAUUGGAAAAUUUCAAGUACAUUUCUUUAAUAUUUUUCGCAUACGAUUACGGAGUUAGCUAGGGUUGACGUUCAGGUUAGAAUUACAGUGAAGCAUUAAGUUAGGAUGAGGUUUGGCCUUGGUUUAAUGACGGGGUUAGCGUUAGAUUGAGGGAUUCCAUUUCAUUUAUAUUUCCCUUAUCCAUGUUUCUCUAUUCAUUUAGUUAAUGCAAGCUAAAAUGGCUGAUAUGUACACGAGAUUAAUGGCCUGUAGGUCAUACCUAUACACAGUGGCAAGAGCUUGUGACAAGGGACACUUUAAUAACAAGGUACGUUUAACACAGAGGCAGGAAAAGUUUCUUCCUGGGAGCACAACGGAGUAUUUUUGUGCUAAAUCUGCAUGCAUGUGGAUAAACAUAUAGCUAGUGCUCUAGCUGACUACGGUUUUAGAUUCAAGGAAUAAUGUCUGUCAACCAUAUGUUGUUGCACCCAUUGUGGGACACGGGUGUUAAGAUUUCCUUCAAAUUUUCAAUAGCAAAAAUCUUCAUUCAAAUGAAUUUCCUGCAGCUGUUAACUCCUGUGAGCAGUGCUCGCCCAUAUUUUCCACCCCUGCCUUUCUAAUAAACCCAAUCAAUGUCCGUUGCCGCUCAUGUCAAUUUAAUGUUUCCUCACUAGGAUUGUGCGGCAGUUAUCCUGUAUGCUGCAGAAAAUGCAACUCAAGUUGCCUUGGACGCCAUUCAGUGUUUAGGUACUGUAUUUUGCAGUGGAUAUUAUUUUGGAUAUAGUUUCUCAGACUAAUAAUUACUCUAAUAUAAAGUGGAAAAGAUGAAAGUGAAAAAUAAGAUGUUUCAGUCAACACAGUACACUUUUGUUUUCAAACCUUAUUGACAUUUAGUUUGCUCAGGACAUAAUGUUGGAAAUUUCUUUCGCAGGAGGAAAUGGCUAUAUCUCAGACUACCCCACGGGACGAUUGUUAAGAGACGCGAAGCUGUACGAGAUUGGGGCUGGGACGAGUGAAGUACGACGCCUUGUGAUUGGACGAAGCAUUAAUGACGAAUAUCAGGAUGCAUCACGUGACAAGUCACGUGCUGCGCAAUGAAAAUCAUGUGCUAAGCAAUGUUUGGUCACAUGAUAAGUAUGUAUAUACAUGAUAUAAUAUGAACACUUUUCAACACUCUGUAACGAGAAUUUUUCUCCAAUAAAUAUAUACAGCUAAGAAAAAUGUGCGUGGAUUACAUUGUGUAUACAUCGUAGCAGGCUUGCUCUGCCGAGAAACAUUUUACUUCGCUAGUUUCUUCGUAAUAGAGUAAAAUUACUACAGUUACAAACCAGUUUGAUUACAUAUUUAGCGAAAUAAGAUACAGGAUAAUUAUUCAGGUAUGAACCAGCUUUACACAGCAAAACGAACAGCAGGUAUAAUGAUGAUCCGGUUUGCAACACACAAGCAACAAGUCUGUAAUAGGUAAUAUCCAGGAAUGAACCAGUUUGACGAGCUGUAAAUCCAGCUUUAAACAAGCUCGACUGGUCAUUCGAAAAACCAGCAACAGAUAUAAACCAGCUUGACAGGUCAUUUAGUAAAACGAACAACAGGUAUAAACCAGUUUGACCGACGUUGUGUCUUUGUAUAUCUUCAUGCCUUGAAGAAAUUGCAGUGGGUCGCAAUGAGCAUGGAUGAGAUCUUCAAGAUUGUCUGCGAUCUGUUCUUUGGCCACCAUCAGUUUAUUAUGCCGAGUGUGACAGCGGAUGUCUA